AUGUUAUUAGAUGCGAUGGUCGGCCACGAACGAGAUCAAAGUCCACAACUGGCGGACCUGGCCAGUAUCAACGAACUUUCGGGAACUAUGCCUGCUCCAUCGAAAGACUCGAAGAAACAGACCGAAGCCAAUGGCCAGACUGGUGCCAAUGGCAAUAUCCCCCCUCCCAAAACAGACAAGCCUCGUCCCCAUGUCUGUACCACAUGUGGUCGGUCCUUCGCUCGUCUGGAGCACCUGAAGCGCCACGAGCGGUCCCACACCAAGGAGAAGCCGUUCGAGUGUCCGGACUGCGCGCGAUGCUUUGCUCGCCGUGAUCUGCUGCUUCGGCAUCAGCAAAAGUUGCAUAUGACCACGACCCCGUCCUCCCGACCUCGCAAUGGCCGCCGUGAAAGCACCGGCGCCGCUGGAGCGGGUGCCAACCGGGUGCGCAAGAACUCCACCGCGAACAAUGCUGCCUCCAUGCGACCUCGCGCCAACACGAUCAGCCACAUCAACACGAGCGCUCUUGGGCUCGCAGAGGAGGGAAUCCUACCUCUGGGAUUCAGUUCUGGUCACCCGCCAGUAAAUGGCCUGCCGAAAUUGGAGACAUCGGGUCUCCCGAUGGAUAUGACGGGCGCCUUGCGAACCGCCCCCGUAUAUGGUAGCUUUGAUCUGGGAAUCGAUGGCAUGCUCAUGGGCCAUGGAAGUACCAUCAAUCCUGCUCAAUUACACUUUGCAGGUUCUCCUCACGGCUUCGGUGACUCUCCUUCAUCUCCGUUCGGCCACCCCCAAAACCAGGGACUGACCCACCCGGAUUCGAUGAUGGACGAUGACAUCAACUUUGAUUGGAUGAACGGAUUCGAUGCUGCUGUCGCGCUAGGAAAUGGGAACGAGUCGGUCAUCGAUGAAUCGUCUCCGUCGGCGAUGAGCACAGGCAGUCAAAGUGGUAUCAGCGAGGCGAUGCUGGACGGUCCCAACCGCAUCCCGAUUUCGAAUGGCUGGCACAAUCCAUUUCCGGGACACUCUGCGGCAUCCGCCAAUCAGUUCGCCAUUGAUUUCUCGCCCACGACCUUGAACGAACUGGGAAUUCCACCUGAGACUGUAUCGCCCAAGUCGCUGAUGACCCAGAACCCGUUCGCAGAGGCUUAUGCCACACCUCCCUCUAUGACUUCGGUCGGCCAGCCCAUCGUGGGAGGACAUUCGCAGAGUAUGUUUUCAUCCUCAAUGGCAACAAACGGAGAAGCUCCUAAUCCUCUCAACGUUCCUUUCCCGAAUAGUGCCCUACGAAAUCAACAUUCCACACUCUCAACGGAUACAUUUACAGAAUCCACACGACAGGCUCUAUUAGCGAGCAUGUCGCAACCCACUGGCUUCAGUCACCGCAAGUAUUCACAGCCCGCCUCUAGUCUUCUCAACAGCCGUGAGCUCUUUUCCCGCUCGAAUGGCUUCAGCACCUCGGGUCAGCUUCCCAGCACAUCGGAUAUGCAACGCUACAUUUCCGCCUACAUCAUUUAUUUCCACCCUCACUUGCCAUUUCUCCACAUUCCUACCCUCAAUUUCCAGGCUCCCGAGUAUACGAGCAACUUACGCACUGCGAGCGGACACCUUAAUCUCAGUUCAACCGGUAUUGCAGGAGGCGGUGGCUGCUUGAUUCUCUCCAUGGCUGCUAUCGGCGCUCUAUACGAAGCUGAAACAGCCUCCUCCAAAGAGCUUUUUGAAGCCGCGAAGAAGAUGAUCCAGUUGUAUUUGGAGGAGCGUCGAAAAGCGGACAUGUCAGCAGCGCUGAGUCGUUCUCACUCAGCCCGCGAUAACUCUGUGCAUAACACUCCUCUGUGGCUUGUGCAAGCUAUGCUGCUUAACGUGAUAUAUGGUCACGCCUGUGGUGACAAGACAUCCGCCGACAUUGCCAGUACACACUGUGCCGCCCUCGUGAGCCUUGCUCGUGCCGCCGAACUCACGCAUCACCUCGAUACCAAGAAUCUCCCCCAAGACCACCUCUUUUCAGCAUCGACCGAUUCAAACUGGUGGUCCUCGUCUGCGUCGGCUCAAUCCAAAGAGCAGCGCGAAUGGUUGAACUGGAAGAUGAUCGAGGAGCGCAAACGUACCCUUUACGCGAUCUUCGUUCUGUCCAGCUUCCUCGUGUCAGCAUACAACCACGCUCCAGCCCUCACCAACUCGGAGAUCCGGCUUGACCUUCCCUGCGAAGAGGACCUUUGGGCUGCCGACUCGCCUCAGUCAUGGAAACAGAUGGGCGCUUCGUCUUCCAUAAAGAGGGGCGUAUCUUUCUCUGCUGCCUUGACUUCUCUCUUGACUGCGAGCCAGCGAGAACAACAAAAUAAAUCAUCCAAUCUCUUUUUCGGUGGUGGCAGCACUGAUGACCCGACUAGUGCUGAGAACCGUCCCAGCACCUUUGGAUGCCUUGUUCUGAUCUAUUCACUUCACAACUACAUUUGGGAAACGAGACAAAGGCACAUGGGCCGGCAAUGGACCACUCAAGAAACGGAAGCUAUGCAAUCGCACAUUGAACCGGCGUUGCGGGCUUGGCAGGCGGCAUGGGCCAGCAAUCCGGUGCAUAGCCUUGAGCGACCUAAUCCAUUUGGGGCCGGUCCACUAUCUGCCGAUAGCAUCCCGCUACUUGACCUGGCCUACGUGAGAUUAUUUGUUAAUCUUGGUCGGUGCAAGGAGGCGUUUUGGCAACGUGAUUGGAAUGGCAUGGCGGACGAGCUCGCUCGGGGUACAGAUGUUUUCCACCAGACCGAUGGGCCCCUUCAUGAUGUUUUGGAUCCCUCGCUCAUUGGACAAGGAGACAUUCGGCGAGAAUCGGUGACUGAUCUAGGUGUUGGUGACCUCACGCUCUCGAAUGCUUCGAUGCACGAUCAGCCUAUGCAGCCUCUCUCUAACAUGUACAAGGCUGGUCAGUCAAAGCGAGAGAAGCACCUUCGGAAAGCUGCGUUCUAUGCGGCCGACUCCAUCUCCAUGUCGGACCGACUUGGGAACACUUUCGCCGAAUUCUCUUCCCGUGAACUCCCGAUUCAAUGUGCUAUGUGUGCUUUCGAUUGCGCUCAGGUCUUGGCGGAAUGGAUCACCACCGUGCAGGAACGCGUUGGCCCUUACUUGGGCAUGCUUGGUCGUGAUGACAUCGACCUGGCACAUGUCCCGGGUGUGAUGCUUCUAGAGGAUGAGGAUUGCAACCUCAUUGACAAGAUCAAGGAGAUUCUUGGCAGUUUUGAAACGAAAAUGCAGCGGACAGUGCAGAAUAGCAACACCAUGUCUGCACUGAGUGUGAUGCAACGGUUACCCAGUGUGGUUGAGGGAGGAUACGGGUGUAAAUUAUUGAUUGCGACGGCCAGUCUGCUUGAUCGAGCAGCAGUAUGGCCUGUGACGAAGUUGAUGGCACGCUCGCUAGAAGCGCAAGCGAUGCGGAUGAAGGAGCGUGCAGAGCAAUCUUGCUCUCAAGCGAUUAUGAUGACCUCUUAA